AUGGAACAACCAGUUCGUCACGGACUAAACGCCCAGCAGAGCCUCGCGAGGCGGUUGCUCUUCCUGAUCUGCCCGGGUGGGUAUAGUUUUGUCCAGCAAUACCCAACCGUGCUCGCCCGCCUGGCCGCCUGGGCGCGACUGGUCUGCGUGACCAGCCAGGCCGACUUUGUGGCCAAAUGGAACGUCUGGAUCAGCGACCCCACCUACCGCGUGGCGGGCUUUGUCCUGGUGGACGGGGCGAUUUUCGAGCCCCGGAAUCGGUCCCUGAUGCGGACCCUCGUCGAGCUCCCGCGGCGCAUCGUCCCCUAUCAGCGCCCGCUCACGUUCUCGACGCCCGUCAACUUUCGCUGGUACGACCAGGCGCCCAACCCGGAGUUCCGCUACGCGGUGGCCCUGAACGCCGCCCUCUGGGCCGGCAGCCACCCCGCCGAGUUCAACCACUGGCUGACCGAGACCUGGCAGAUCAAAUGGCAGGUCAUGCCGGGCGUCAGCGCGGCGGCGCCGGAGUUCUAUCUAGGAAGGGUCGCGCGCGAGACCGCGGACCUGAUCGUCGAGGCGUGGUUCCAGGGCGCCUUCCUGUCGCGGGCCGUGUUCGUCACUGGGCCCUCCGUGGACCCCCACCACGUCUGUGAGCACGACUCGGUCCUGCACACGUCCGAGGAUGUCCUCCUGCGGACCCCCGAGGAAGCCGACGCAGAGUAUCAAGCGCGCAUGGCCGCGCCGCGGACAACGGCCGUCCCGCCCGAGCGGGACAGCGGGGUCUUGCACCCGGAUGUGGAGCCCAUCUACACCCAGAGGACCGAGGAGAACCCGGUGACUUUCCCCAUGCGUCCGCUGCAACAACCCCAGCGUCGUCGUCGGCGAGGAGGAGGAGAUCCACGGCAGUACCCCCGCAUUCUGCGGGAGCACCAUGCGGCGACGCUGAACGUCAACGUUGCCGCCGGGGGGGCCCCAAAUAGGAUCUUUGCCUUCAUCGGGGUCAUCGACGACAUUCCCGAGGUCGGAGGCCUGAUCCUCGAUGUCUGCAACAUCCACGAUGGGGAGAUUCAAUGGACCGAGCCCGCGUUUUCGAUGCCUGAAGGCGAAGACGAGCCAUACGAUGCGGCGGAUGAGAGACCGCGGAGGGUAAGACGUCCUCGCCUUGAACCCGAAGAAUACGAUGCGGAGGAUGAGAGAGCGCGGAGACGAAGAUCUCGGCUUUACCUGCAGCUGGAUUAA